CUGUUCUGUCAACCCGUGCGCUGAUAAGUCCCUUCAGUCCGCCGAGGAAAAAGUACGACUUUUCGGCUACUGCGGUGCAUUUUCGAUCCCAAAUUAUCAGAUAAAACAUCCGCAGAAAAUGGUGCGCUCUGCGGUGUUGGGAUUAGCGUUAGUGCUGCUGUUUGGCUACAGCUCGGCCGAUGAAGUUUUCGGCUGCGGUGGCUUUGUGAAGAACGUUAAUUCCGAGCUCGAUCUGAGCAAAGUGGAGGUCGGAUUGUUCACAGCACAGGGCAGCUUGAAGAUCAAAACCGAAUGCUCCCCAUCGAACGGGUACUACUUCAUCCCGGUGUACGAUAAGGGCAUGUAUGUGUUGAAGGUGAUACCACCACCCGGUUGGAGCUUCGAACCGGAACAGGUGGAGAUCAAGUUCGACGGCCUCACGGACAAGUGCAGUCUCGGGAAGGAUGUGAACUUCCUUUUCAAAGGCUUCGGCAUCACGGGGCGCGUUGAGUUUCAUGGCGCGCCCGAUACGGGAGCACGGAAUGUGCGCGUCGAUCUGGUAGCGGAGGAUGGUAGUAAAAUCGGUCAAACGAUCACGAACGGAAAUGGGGUGUUUUCGUUCACACCGAUCAAACCGGGCCGGUACGUGGUGAAGGUGCAGCACGCGAAGUGGCACUUUGUGCAACCGGACUACAAGGUGACGGUCGCGUCGGGUAAUACGGAGAUACCGGCCGGAUCACUCGUUGUAUCGGGUUUCGAUGUGGAGGGUAACGUUUUCAGCGAUGGACAACCGUUUGCGAACGUUGGCUUGCUGCUGUACGGUGCCAAAGAUCAAAAAUCACUGCUUAAAUGUUCUUCCGGAGAUGUGCCGUCCGUUGCAAACACAGGCAACAAAGCGUACGAAUCGAACCCCGCCUGCUACACGACACCGAACAAAAACACCGGCAGCUAUCUGUUUCCGGGUGUCUCCCGGGGCAAGUACCUGAUUCGUCCGCACUUUAGCGACAGCAAGAUAAAGUUCCACAUUCGCCCGGAGGCGGUUGAGCUGGUGGUCGGUAGCGAUGGUGUCCGGGUGAAGGAAAACUUCGAGGUGACGGGAUUUAGCGUAUCGGGACGCGUAUUGCGCUCACCCAAUGGGGCAAGUGUGGCCAACGCGCGUGUAAAACUGAACGGUCGUGAAAUCGCUGUCACCGGUGCGGACGGUACCUACACGCUGGAAAACAUCCAACCCGGCACCUACACGAUCCAGGUCCAAGCGGACGAUCUACAGUUCAAGGACCACAUCGUGAAGGUAUCGCUCGCCAAUCCUUCCCUGCCGGAUGUGCUCGUGUCUGGGUUUAAGGUGUGUGGGCAGGUUAUUUCGAAAAAAGCACAUCGUGUCGCAAUCACGAAGAAAGCUUCCACCAUGAUGGUUGAGGUGACCAGUCGCGAAGGAACCGGUGAGUGGUGUACGUUCCUCGAAAACGGUCAGUACACGGUGCAGGUACUGACGAGCGAUGAGGAGCACGCAAGCGGUAUCCAAUUCUUCCCCGUGUCCCAAACGAUCGAGGUUAGCUACUCGCCCGUCGAAGGAAUCGUUUUCUCACAACUCCGUGCCACCGUAACGGGCGAAGUUCGCUGUCUGGCGAAGCGUGAAUCGUGCGGCGAUCUGGCCGUUACACUGCAAGCUCUCGAUGGCAAUGGAAAUGCCGUUGGGCAACCCGUUAACGCUCCGGUGUCCGAUGCGGGAGGAUACAGCUUCCAGAAUGUGCUCCCGGGCAGCUACGAAGUAAGUGUCCCGAGCUCAAAGCUAUGCUGGCAGUCAAACACGGUGAAAAUCAACAUCAAGACAGCGAAGGAAACGGUACCGGACUUUGUGCAGACGGGGUACAUCGUUUCGAUCCUAUCGAGCCACGGCGCAACCAUGGCCUACCGCUGGAAGGAUACACGUCCACCUGCAAAGGAAGAAACCACUGCUACCAAGGAGGAAGAGAUCGUACUGACUGCCGGAAUGAAUAUGUUCUGCGUGAAGCGUGCCGGUACGUACGAAAUGCGUUUAAGCGGAUGCCAUCGGUUUGAGGAAAGCACACCAACCGAAUUCACUACCGCCGGUACUGCACGCAUCUCGGUCAAUGCCAAGAGUCACCGGAAUACGGUAACGCUGGUAGCAGAGGAAAAGGAACGCUAUCGUGUGCAGGUACUGCGAGAUGGGGAAACAAGCGGACACUUCAUUGAACUCGAGCUGAGCGAUACGCGCACCGAUGGUGGGUAUGUGUAUCGGAAGGAAUUUUAUCUGGAACACGGCGAACGCAUUACGCUGGUGCCGCAAAGUGAAAUAAUGCUGUUCAACCCUACCCAGCUGGUAGUGACGGGUGGAAGCGACUGUGCGGAUGUUUCCACCAAGCUAAGAGCUACGAAGGGACUGCUCAUUAACGGACGCACCAAUCCGCCUGUUAAGGAUGCGACCAUUACGCUAACCUUCCCGAAGAACGCCGAUCUUGCAUCGCAGGUAACGCAAACGAAUGAGCGUGGCGAGUUCCGAUUCGGUCCGAUUGAUCCUUCCCUUGCGGUGGAGCUGUCGGCCGAGAAGGAAUCGUACGUGUUCUCGGCCUUCGACCGAUCGAGCAGCUCCUUCAGCGGACAUAAGCUGUGCGAAAUUAUCGUCACCGUGAAGGAUGAUGCGGGUAAUCAACUGCCCGGUGUGCUGUUGUCACUGUCCGGUGCGGAAAGCUAUCGUAAAAAUUUGGUCACCGGUGACGAUGGUACGAUCAAGUUCCAUUCCCUAUCGCCCAGCGAAUACUACCUGCGGGCGAUGAUGAAGGAGUACGAGUUCCGGCCGAACUCGAAGCUAAUUAAGGUACAGGAAGGUGCCACCGUCCAGGAGGAACUCGUCGGCAAGCGGACACAGUUUUCCAUUUUCGGUUCGAUAACCUCACUGAACGGAGAACCGUUCGCGAAUGUGGCGGUCGAGGCGGUAUCGGACGAAACGUGUGGCAAUGUGCUGGAGGAAGCGACGAGCGAAUUCAACGGACAGUAUCGUAUCCGUGGCCUUACGCCAGGGUGUCAGUAUCGGGUACGGGUACGUACCGGCACCGGACCGACGGCCGCUGUCGAUCGUUCCAUACCACGCGAACGUGUCGUUUCGAUCGAAAAGGCAGACACACGUGACGUUAACCUGAUCGCGAUCAGUCCACUAGCCUUUGUCGAUGUGACGGUGCGCGUUGUUGCGUCACACAACGACCACUACAAAACGCUCAAGAUUGCACUGUACAAGAAGGGAAGCGAUUCUCCCGUUCACACGCAGCGUAUCGAAUCGCCGCUGAAUCCAAAGUCGAAGAUUAACCCCGGCAUUAUGGUGUUCUUCCCGCGCAUUCCCUUCGAUGGGAAGAGCUAUCACAUCGAGCUGACUUCCUCGCUGUCGGAGAAGAGCUACCGGUACAGCUUAUCGGCGGUGUCGUUCGUUGCGAAUACGAGCAGCUUCUAUGCGGAGCUACCGUUCGAGCCGGAGUUGCGAACGGCCGAGGGUGAUCUGAACCAAAGCUCACUGUCAGCGAUCGUGCUGAUCGCGAUCAUCGGUUUUGUGUUCUUCAAGCAGGAGCUUGCCUUCGAGCUGCUGGGCAUGGCUUGGGCUAAGGUUGGAAACCUGGCCGGUGGUGCGAUGAGCCGACGGCCAACGGGUAAGGAUCUAAAGAAUGAUGCCGGACCCAUCGAUACGCGUGAUAUCGAUGCACUGGCCUCAACCAUCGACGGUAUGAAAAAGAAGAAAACCAAAAAAGUGUCCUAGAAUAGGGGGCGAGCAGCAGCAGCAGGUGGAGGGGAAGGCCCGGUACUCCGAUCGGUAGAAGGGAGUAUUCGCAAAAAAGUAGACUCAUCGUAAUGAAAUUGUAAUGAGCAAGAGGUUUAGUUGAACAAGUUCUUUCGGCAAAUAAAUGACCUCACGGUGUGUGGUAGUAAAAUUGAAAA